GCUAAAAAUAGUCAGAUCGAACGCAAACGUACACGUAAACGCAAGUCCUAAAGUAUACGUAAAUCGACGAGUAUUUACAUUACCAUUUAGCUUUAUAUGUAUUUGUUAAUUGGCUAAAGAAAAAUUGUUUUUCAUAGCAUUGUGUAGUCGGGCUUUGAGAGUCGCGCGGGCGAUACCUUAUCAUUGUUGAUAACGAGUUUCGCCCUGAAAACUAUUUCACCGCGUUAGUAUUGUUUCACGAGCCGCGAAGAGUACAUAUACGGUUUAUUACAUAGUGUAAAUAUGGCGAAUAACCUUGAAGUGGGAAUGAGGUGCAUUAAAUAUAUGCUCCUAUGCGUUACGGCGAUAUUUGUGCUGACAUCAGCCCUGAUAAUCUCAGUUGGCACAACGAUAUACGCGAUCUACCACGAUGUCUCCUACUUCUUGGACGACCAGCUGUUCUCGCCGGCGACCUUCAUCAUUGUUAUCGGAGUUAUCAUGCUCUUCGUAUCAUUGUUCGGAUGCAUUGGUGCCCUGAAGGAAAGCACCUGCUUGGUUAACAUUUUCGCAGUCAUCUUGAGCGUGGUACUUGUGCUGGAAGUUGCAGCGGCGAUAACCGCAUAUGCAAUGCGAGCGCAGGUGUCGGAGAUGCUUGACGACAACCUUAGGUCGACCCUGCCUUACUACUACGAGAAACCAGAGAUCGAGGCCGCGUUCGACUUCGCUCAGAGUAGGUUGAACUGUUGUGGUGUGGACAGCUACCUCGACUGGGGCGAGGUGGAAACCCCCUCAGGAAUCACCGGGAUCUCAGUCGCCAACAUCACCGUGCCCAACUCCUGCUGCGCCCAGUCCCGGUACACCGAAAUCGAGGGUUUGGAGAUCGCUGAGUGCACCAAACUGUACGCAAAUGGUUGCCUACCCAGGGUCAUCUAUCUGGUCUAUCAGAGCGCAGGGCUGUUGGGCGCGGGAGCUAUGACUAUAGCGUUCAUUCAGAUCAUCGGCAUCGUUUUCUCAUUCUCGCUGGCCAGUUCAAUCCGAAAAGCGAAAACCGAACGAGAACGCAGACGCUGGGAGAUCCAAGAGCGAAUGAUCAAUGCCUACACCUCCCUUAACCCCGACAAUGAGAAGGCGGCACCAGUUGUUUACGUUCCUUUCCACGGACAAACCACAGCUUAAUUUUUUUUGUUUUAGUCUAUGUAAAAACAAAUUCGUCAUAGAUUCAACAUGACUAACAUCUGUCAAAUGUAACAUCAUUUUGCGCAGUAAUUGUGGAAAGAAAUUGUGCAAUUAACAACUUUUAAUUUUUAAUUU